CUUGUCUGGCUUUUCUUCACUACUAAAUCUGAUACUAAUAUUUUCAAAUUUACUUCCAAGUUAUCGUUCCGGGUAUUCAGAUCCAGAGCUAAAAAUGGAGUAUUUGGAGAUUGAUUCUUCUUCAUGCAAGCCAUGCAGCCCUGACUCAGAGUUAUCCUCCUUCUCAUCUACCUCAUCAGCUUAUGAUCUGCCAUUAAUGGUUGUUUCGAGUUCCCAUAAGCGAAAAGCUGGUCGAAAGAAGUUUAAAGAGACUCGUCAUCCGGUAUUUAGAGGUGUACGGCAAAGGAGAGGGAGUAAAUGGGUGUCUGAAAUUCGUGAACCUUACAAGAAAUCAAGGAUUUGGUUGGGCACUUUCCUUAGCCCUGAAAUGGCAGCUAGGGCUUACGACGUUGCCGUCUUAGCGCUUAGGGGCAAAUCCGCCGCUCUUAAUUUUCCAGACUCGGCUUCUGUUCUCCCCAGGGCUAAGUCUUCUUCGCCAAAAGACAUACAAAUCGCUGCGUUUGCCGCUGCCGAGGCUUUUAAACCAAUAACUUCAACGGAUAUUGAUCCUCAACCAGUGGGAUGCUCAUCAUCAACCUCAGUUUCCACUGAGAACGACGAAGAAAAGAGCCUUUUAGAUGAUGGCUCGAUGUGGGAUCGUAGUUGGAGCUUGGAGGCCACCAACACUAAUGAUAAUGAGUGGAAUUAUGGUUUCAUGGACGAGGAGGCAUUGUUUAAUAUGCCAGGCUUACUCGAUAGCAUGGCUGAGGGUUUGCUCCUUUCUUCACCUGCUGCUUUGCAGGCACAAGUUUAUGAUUGCGACGAUGACGUAGCUUCCACCUUUAACAUUGAUUUAUGGCGACAUUACUAAUUACAAGCCGGCCUUUGCUAUGUUGUGUUUUUUCUAGUUUCUUUGUUUUCGCUUCAUUUUUCCAGUUUCCUUUAAAAAAAAUUAGUAGAAAAAGUAUACCAAUUAACCAACUGGUCAUACGGUGUUAGGAUUUACAUCAACCUCAUAUUACUUUUAAAUCCAUAGUCUAUGAUUUGGAUUAGGUUUGACGUCACUGGUAUACAUCAUUCUAU